UGAACUUUGUCACAUUUCGCGGCCAUGUCCGGACUGCUGCUGCUGCUGGGGAGGAACGGCGGGAGAGCGGUGUCGGUGGCCGGUACGGACGCACUUUCAGGAGUUCAUGCGGUCGCUCGGCGCUCCAUCAUAGACAUGUCCUACUCGUCGCACUUCAUGGAUUUCCAGGGAUCCUCCAUACCGAGCAGCAUGAAGAAGCUGGUCGUGCACAAGCUCAGUCCUAAUUUCAGGGAGGCCGUUUCCGCGCAAACCGUCGCGGUUCCGACUCCCGGGGACGCGGAGUUGCUCGUCAGAAAUCGUUUUGCAGGAAUCAACGCCUCUGAUAUUAAUUACUCGGCGGGCCGUUACGACCCCUCGGUGAAGCCGCCCUUCGACGCCGGUUUCGAGGGUAUCGGCGAGGUCGUCGGCCUCGGCCUCAGCGCCAGCUCCCGCUACACCGUCGGGGACACCGUGGCCUACUUUGGCAGCGGUGCGUUUGCAGAGUACACGGUGGUGCCAGCCAAGGAGAGCGUGCCUGUCCCCGCGGCGAAGCCAGAGUUCCUCACCCUGCUGGUUAGCGGUGCCACGGCCUACAUCGCCCUGAAGCGUCUGGGAGACCUGGCUGAAGGCGAGACGGUCCUGGUCACGGCGGCGGCGGGAGGAACGGGACAGUUUGCCGUGCAGUUCGCCAAACAGGCCGGGUGCCACGUGAUCGGGACCUGUUCAUCCGACGAGAAGGCCGGCUUCCUCAAAUCCAUCGGCUGCGACAGGCCGAUCAACUACACCACAGAGGACCUGGCUAAGACGCUGAGGAAAGAGUACCCACAAGGCGUAGACGUGGUGUAUGAGUCGGUCGGAGGCAGCGUCUUAGAAGUAGCAGUGAACAGUUUGGCCAUUAAGGGCCGGCUGAUAGUCAUUGGCUUCAUUUCGGGGUACCAGACGGCAUCGGGGUUCCCGGCUUUCAGAGGGGGGACACUACCGGUCAAGCUGCUCCAGAAGUCGGCCAGCAUCCGGGGUUUCUUCCUGCCCCACUUUGUCAGUGACUACAGGGAGGCUCUGGGUAGCAUGAUGCAGAUGAUGGCCAAGGGGAAGCUAGUGUGUGAGGUGGAUAAUGGGGAUUUGGCUCAGGAGGGGAGGUUCGUAGGCUUGGAGUCAGUCUUCAGGGCUGUGGACUACAUGUAUGCUGGGAAAAACCUGGGCAAGGUGGUGGUGGAAGUGGCCCCGCUCCCUGUUAGCAAUAAGCUCUGAUUUAACUAAUAUCAUGCUUGAACUCUAAUGAUUGAAAACCCCCAAAAUUGCAGAACUUUAAUUUUUGAAUAGAUUCAUUUCUUUACUUUUGUACGAUGAUUUAUAUAACUCUAAAUUAAUCUACAAAAUGCUUUCACAAAUAAACGUUAUAAGCAAAUUAUAUUUUCUGCUAUCCUGGUUUUAGAAACUACAUGCUAUAGGAAGGUGUUUUUUAAUUAUGAUUAAGGUGAGCUUUCAGCAGUUUGUUCCAAGACUAACAUUAGUUUAAAACAAAUCUGAAAAUGUACGAACGACUAUGCAAUGAUGAUCAUAUUGCUCAAAUAUUCUGAUAAAACAAAUCUGACACGGUACACUAGCUCGGAAAAUACUUUUUACAGUGUUUCUUAAAUUGUGUGCCCACCGUCUGGUACAAGUCCAUCUCCAAAAAUUAAUUUAGACCAGCUGCCAUAAUGGGCUUGCUUUUAGCACUCUCAGGCACUUUAUCUACCAUAAAUGUUUUAUGAUAGACUUCAUUGUAUUUCUAAUAGGGGCUUACAUUGGUGUGUGCUUGUCAAGAGUGAGUGCUGCUCCAGGUGUGCUUGCUAUUUCAUCGCCUGUUUGUGGCUGACAGAAACGGCACUCACACAAUCAAUCUUUUCAUUCACAUGUCCCGAAGCUGCACAUAAUAAAAAAAUAAAUUAAAAAAAAGUUCAGCUAACCAGGAGUUGCACUAUAAAAUGCCAUUAGGUUUCCACACUGCAAGUAAAGAAAAAUCACUUAUAGUGAAUGCAUUGUGGAAUACCCUUUGACAUUUUUUUUCUUUUUUCAUUUCCAUUUUUUUUGUAUUUAAUUUCGUGUUGGAUACAAGAAACAAAGCAGCACAACAUAUGUUAGUUUAAGUUUAGUAACAUGAUGGAUCAUUUCUACAUAAAACCCAAAGAUUAUAAUCAUGUAACAAAAGUUGUUAAAGCCUCAAUAGGUGAAAUGUUUCCAAGAUGUCUUCUAAAGAAAAGGAUGAGAAAGGAGCUGCCGUACGUUGAAGCAGUCCAUGUUGUAUGAAUGUGCUGCAUGUAGUCUAAAACAAACACCUGUUCCUACCUGGCAGCGAGGGCUGCAGUGUUCAUGCACUGUGAACAUGUUAUUUCCUCAUCCAGGUGGCCACUCAAAAUAUAACCCAGUGUGAAAUACGUUACAGGUGUGACCCCAGCAUGCAAAGCUGCCACCCUCAACAGACGGCGCAGGAAAUCAGAAACACACCAGGCCAAGGCCGGUCUGCAUCCACAGCGUAGGACGUCGACAGAAACAGUGGUUCAGAUUUAGAUACAGUGAUUACUGAGGUUUAAGUCAUAAGAUCUUUCACACACACAAUGUGGGUUUUUUUAUUUUAUUUAUUAGGGGUAGUUUUCCAAACAGAAACAGUUCUGAGAUUUAUUAACUACCAACUAUGAAAAUGUUAAAGUAAAAAUCACUUAUAAUAAUUAUUAUAAUAACUUAAAAGCAUCAACAUAAAAAAGAUACACUUAGAAAAGUGCUCUGGACAUUCAUUCUUCUCGCCUUUCAAUAUAUUUAAUUCCAUUUCCCUUUAAAUGUUUGCUUUCAAAGAAUUGGGUUGUGGUAAGAGUGGUUUUGUUAAUAUUAUAAAUGACUGAAUCCCCUCAUUCCCAGAGGUCACAUAUUUAUUUAGUUAGGUCUCCUUUUCUUAGCUCAGUCUUAUCAAAAGCUACAAUAUAAAAAGUCUACUCACUUACGAGGUUUGUUACAUUUUAGAGAAUAUCCUUGACCUUUAGCCUGACGCAUGAUAUUUAAAAUCCAUGCCUGCAGAUGAUUUUGACUUGGAGUGACUUGGUGUGAAUAAAAUGAAUAUCACAAUUAAAGAAGAAAUGAAACUAACAUUGAGUUCGUCUCAGCAGCAGAACAAAACACUCAUCGUUAAAUCAUUGCAAUCACCUCUAUUACGCCACUGUUUGGUCAGGCGUUAUGCAAAAGCAAGCUCGCACACGCCAGCCACACGGAAGGUGAUGAUGCACGAGGAUGUUUAGAUGAAGUGAGCACGCUCGAGCACCGUGUGCCUCCAUGUUGUGCGGCGAGGAGGCGGCCAGGUUUAGCAUCUCUUCAAUUAACAGGAGAGGCCUCGUCUCGGCGUCCUCCAGGGUCUACCUGUACCUCCGCUGAUUAGUGAGCAGUCACAGCCCCAAUUAGAGAACACAGGAACCUGGAGAGACAACACUCUUUAUUUAAUUGGAUUGUGUUGAAGGCGGAGGCUGCUAACUGGCAACUUAUUGAAGCGACUGUGGAGCGUAAACAGGACAUUAAAGAUAGAGAAGGUCUUCAAGAGAAGCAUUCAGACUUUAGAGCGAUGGUGAAACUUUGUAAACAUUUUUUUUAUUUGAGGAAUUAUGCUAAGUGUCCCUCAUUUUAGUCAAGGGUUACUGUAGUAUUUUUACUCAGAGUGGAAGUAAUGGAAGGUAAACUAAAUGUAUCCUUUAUAACCUGAUGUAAAUGUGAAGGAUUAGAAAUAAUAAUUGUGGACGUGCACUUUUUUGGGAGGACAGUUUUUAUUGCUUUGUGAGUGGCUGUUAUAAAGUCAUUGCAACUUUAUAAUUAACCAAUGAAUCAGUGCUAAUUGUUUGAGAUUUGCUGAUAUUAGUGGCGGUGUACCUUAAGGUGAGUCUAUGUAACUUUUGAAAAAGAAAUAACAAAUUUGUUCUCACACAAAUGAAAAGUUGAACUCAUAAGAAUAAAAUCAUACCCUUGUUCAUGUCG